AUGGAGAAUGACUCCGAGGUCCCACUUCACCGUCUGCGGUGUCUGCGUGGCUUGGGAAGGGCUGGGUUUAUACCCACGGGACCGAAGUUUGAAGAGCCGAAGUACCGAUGGGCCGUAGACAGCUAUGUAAAGCAAGGAGUAGAUCCACAUCCGGGCCAGAAGCAGGUUCCAUUCUUUCUACGAAGGUCCAAAACACUCCAGUUGAUUCAAAAUAAACCAUUCCAGCGGUUUUACACUCAACUUGAAAUGAGUCCGACUUCAAGACCACUCACAGACCGAGAUCGGUUGGAAGCUUUCAGUCGAAAAAACAAGAAUAAAAACGACAGGAGGUAUUCUCUCGCCUUCGUUUAUAAACCCACUCCGUACCCUGGAACCCUAAAGAAGCCAAACACUGAUCGACCAUUGUUGAGGCGUCCGACACCAUUACGAACCCCACCUGUACAAGAAACGGACUCACAGUUCAAACAUUUUACAAAAAGUAUGGAGUUGAAAGCAAAAAACUUUGCCACAUCUACAGAGCAAGAUAUUUUCUAUAAUAAAAAUUAUCCGCUCUUACUGGACGCUCAUCCGGAAGAAGAAGUUUCUACGUUACCACGCAAGCGAACGCCGACUCCUGAAAUUUGUUUUACACCGGAAAUGAAACGCGGAAUGACAAUAACAUCUAGAAUACAGAAUCUGAAAAUGGAAAUAGAUAUACUUGACCAGGAAACCGAUGGUAUAGACUUCCGAACGGUAUUGAGAGACGAUGCGUUCGAUCCUGCAAAAUGGCCAUGGAAUAAGGGUAGAUCAAGUUAUAUGAUACCAUCACCUUCUAGUGCGCAGUCGCAGCAACAACGUCCAAAAUCCCCAAGCCCUAUGUCUGUUAGCACCCUCCCCAAGAAUAGAACACCAACCUCUUUUUCCCCCGGGAGGUCCCUCUCACCUUAUUAA